UUUUAUCUUUCGCGGGAAUUCAGUGACGUCAGGGUGUUUAGGUCAAUAUAUAUUUCGGAUUGUACGACGGGACCAUCACAUCAGCUUGAACACCUCCUCAAAGAAGAUAUCAUAUCACAUCAUUCCCUAUUCACCAUCAUGAUUUUUGGAGCCCUUAUCACAUUGAGCUGGUUUGUACUGUGCAGCCUCUGGUGGAUGGCUGCUCUUACCAUCGGCAUACCUCUCACCCUCAUGUUAUUCUUCAGCAAGACCUUCAGAAGUUCCUUUUUCUCGUGGUUCUUCGUGUACAUCAUCGGUCCCAUCUUCCAGCCCCGAACCAUCCCUCCCCGCAGGAAGGUCUUCCAAAUCCUCAAGGAUUGCGUAGCCGACCGCAACAAGGACGUGCCCCUGGAAGUUCUGGAGAUAGGAGUAGGGGAAGGUCCCAACCUGGCAUUCUAUCCUGAAAACUGCAAUCUCACGGUUCUAGACAAGAACAAGUUCUUCGAGUCAUUCUACGCCAAAAAUGCCAAGAAAUUCCCUCACAUCUCUUACCAGAGGACCGUCAUUCAACCUGCAGAGAACAUGAGUGAUAUUGCAGACAGUUCUCUGGACGUGGUCGUCUCUACCUAUCUCCAUUGUUCCUGUGACGAUUCCAUGGCUGUACUCAAAGAAGUCAGAAGAGUCUUGAAGCCCGGUGGAAAGUACGUUUUCUUAGAGCAUGUAUGCUAUCCUUCGAAUGAGUUUGGAUUAUCGAUUCAGCGCCUCAUCAACCCCAUCUGGUUCCUAUUCUUCAACGGCUGCACGCUGGAUCGCGACACCGCCGUCAAAAUCAAGAGAGCUGGAUUCUCAGAAGUCAUCUGUGAUAAAUACAUCUCACCCUAUUGGUGGAUGUACUUGGUCAGACACCAAAUCAUUGGGGUUGCCACCAAAUGAUUCCACAACGCCAAAUACAUGUAAAAAUAUAUGAUGUACAAACAACUCAUAUUAAAAUUAAUUAUUUUCUAUUUUUUA